GGCAGAGCACAUAUAUACGGCACGUGUGGUGUGCGCUAUUCGUUAAGAGCUCGUCGAAUUCGUUCUCCGCAGUUUUACUUUAAACGUCCGAGAUGCUGCGCGCUGGAAGCAUCCUCAGCCGCCUCGGCUCGUCGGUCAGCCACUCGAGCGCUCCAAAAAGUAUGAUCAUCCAAGGUUCGCCGGCUAUCUACCGCAUGGGCGGUGCGAGCGGACUGAGGUUCAAAUCAGAUUCAAAAGUCAAAGGAGCGGUUAUCGGAAUCGAUCUGGGAACCACCAACUCCUGCGUUGCGAUCAUGGAGGGGAAACAGCCCAAGGUCAUCGAAAACGCAGAGGGAUCCCGAACAACCCCGUCGGUCGUUGCAUUCACAGGCGACGGUGAGCGUUUGGUGGGUAUGCCCGCUAAACGUCAAGCCGUCACGAAUGCACAGAACACUCUGUCAGCGACGAAGCGUCUCAUUGGGCGCAAGUUCUCCGACGCCGAAGUCAAGAAAGACAUGAAGACGUCAUCGUACAAGAUCGUUCAGGCCAGCAACGGCGACGCCUGGGUCGAAGCCCAAAACAAGAUGUACUCGCCAUCUCAGAUCGGAGCUUUCGUUCUGAUGAAGAUGAAGGAGACCGCCGAGAGCUACCUGGGCACUUCCGUCAAGAAUGCUGUCGUGACCGUUCCGGCUUACUUCAACGAUUCUCAGCGUCAGGCCACCAAGGACGCCGGUCAGAUUUCCGGUUUGAACGUGCUGCGUGUCAUCAACGAACCCACUGCUGCGGCCCUGGCUUACGGCAUGGAUAAGACAGACGACAAGGUCAUCGCCGUCUAUGACUUGGGAGGCGGAACGUUCGAUAUUUCCAUUCUCGAAAUCCAGAAGGGGGUCUUCGAAGUGAAAUCGACCAAUGGCGACACAUUCCUCGGUGGAGAAGAUUUCGACAACACUCUCGUGAAUUUCCUGGCAGGGGAAUUCAAACGCGAUCAGGGAGUCGACGUGACCAAGGACCCAAUGGCCAUGCAACGAUUGAAGGAGGCUGCCGAAAAAGCCAAGAUCGAGCUCUCGUCCGCCGUGCAAACCGAUAUCAACCUACCGUACCUCACCAUGGACGCAUCAGGACCCAAACACAUGAACCUGAAACUGAGCCGAUCGAAAUUCGAAACCCUCGUUGCGGAUCUCAUCAAGCGAACGGUCGGACCCUGUACCAAAGCGAUGCAGGAUGCCGAAGUGAAGAAAUCCGACAUCGGAGAUGUCAUCCUCGUUGGAGGCAUGAGCAGAAUGCCCAAAGUUCAGGACACGGUCCAGGAGAUUUUCGGCAAACAGCCCUCAAAGGCUGUCAAUCCCGAUGAAGCCGUGGCCGUUGGUGCGGCAAUCCAAGGUGGUGUCCUGGCUGGUGACGUCACCGACGUCCUCCUGCUCGACGUCACCCCCCUGUCGCUCGGUAUCGAGACGUUGGGUGGCGUGAUGACGAAACUCAUCCAACGAAACACCACGAUCCCCACCAAGAAGAGCCAGGUAUUCUCGACCGCCGCUGACGGUCAGACUCAAGUUCAGAUCAAGGUCUGCCAAGGAGAGCGUGAAAUGGCUGAGCACAACAAAGUUCUCGGCGAGUUCUCGUUGAUUGGAAUCCCGCCGGCACCCCGCGGAGUUCCUCAGAUCGAGGUCACUUUCGACAUCGACGCCAACGGAAUCGUUCACGUGUCUGCCCGCGACAAGGGAACGGGCAAGGAACAGCAGAUCGUCAUCCAGUCGAGCGGAGGUCUGUCGAAGGACGAGAUCGAGAACAUGAUCAAGAACGCCGAACGCUUCGCCGAAGAGGACAAGAGGAAGAAAGAAGUUGUCGAAGCUGUCAACAAGGCUGAGGGCAUCGUCCACGAAACCGAGACGAAAAUGGAAGAGUUCAAAGAUCAGCUGCCGGCCGACGAAUGCGAACAACUAAAGGAGAAAAUCGCUAAGGUGCGCGAAAUGCUCGCCAAAAAGGACGAAAUUACCGGCGAAGCCAUCACCGAAGCUACCCAUGAUCUUCAGCAGCAGUCUCUGAAGUUAUUCGAGGCCGCCUAUAAGAAAAUGGCCGCUGAACGAUCGACGUCCGGAUCAUCGUCGACCAACGAAUCGAGCAGUCAGGAGAGUGAUAGCAAGAAAGGGGAGGAGAAGAACUAG